UGUGAAUGUGCAUAUGUCAAUGAUCGUCAUUGGCAUGACAGUCAUGGCGGCAUCAACCAAGUCCUGAAGCAUAACAGAAGUUGUGCGACAGCAUGUGUUAGUUCACAAACUGGGGGAGUUUGCAUUGCGAAAAUACAUUGGCCUGCUGAAACUGAGAGUGCAUUGGAGCCAAUUAUGAGGUUAAUGUAUGGCCGUGAUCAUCGUCUGGGUGAAAGGAGGCAGCAAGAUCAGCAGCAACAGCACCAAAUGCACAAUGAUCGUACUGAUUAUGAGGAUGAGCAUUACGUUACCCCCCGUCAGGAAGUUCAUCAUGAUUAUGAGAAGACUGCAUACUCUGCAUCGGAGAAAAAGGGUCUUCUUGGUGACACAGGUGUGGAACAAAGAUUUUCACGUGCAAUGAACGAGGCAUUGGAACAUUGGGAAGAACCAAAAGAGGCGGAGCCUGACAUGGACACGGACACAGCAAUCAAAAGAUUACGGGGACAAGUGCCAGAUAUUCCUUUUCGGAGAAGAAACCUUCUUGAUUCCAAGGAUGGAGGUCCAUUGGCCCCUGAUGAUGACAGCCAGACAUUUGCAGAUGGCCCUCUGAUUCAGAUGUCAGAUGAGACAUCGAGUCAAUUUGAUUUGAAAUAUGCGUCGAUGUUCAGUAUGCACCCACCUGCUGACACCAGAACAUAUGAAGUUAACACCUCUGGUCAUGAACAGUUCGAUCGUAACAACAGUAGAAGUAAUAACGGUUCAAAUACAAAUGCUGCAAACAAUGCGGUCCAAGUCAAUUUGCCACCUCAUGAUGGAAUUGAGAGGCAUCAAUUUGAUACUAUAAGUACACAAGGAUCUAGUAAUGACUCUGACCUACAGAGUGCAGACUCUGCAGAGCUGUUUGGUCGCCCUCCGCAUGAUGGUGUCAGGGCAGUAUCUAAUAAUGUCACUGCUUUGAAGAGCGGAGGAGAGUUGGGUCACAUUCCACGGGAUGGCGUUAUGGAUUACGAUGAGAAAGUCAGCUCUCCUGAUCAACAGUCAUCCAACAAUGAGUCUGAUCCCGGUCAACAAUUAUCCAACACUGGGUCUUACAUGAAAGAUCCAGUUUUAGCCAAUAUUCUUCCACACGAUGGUUUAGGGACGCUUUGGCCCCACCCCUCUGCCGAAAGUCCAAUUAACGACAAUGCAUCAGCUCUGAAGGGUGCAGGUACGAAUAACUUACCCCCGCCUGGUGGUGAUGUAGGUGGGUAUGAGGUUGGCUCUUUGGGUCAACAGAAAUUGAGCAAUGGUAUCCAUGGUUCAUCUUUGAAAGAUGCUCCCACAUCGUCCCCCAGCGGUUAUGUCAGUGGGUUUGAACUCAGCUCGUCUAGUACACAAUUUCCUGGGCCUGGUUCAGAGAAUACUAGUGCAUUGCCUUCUCCGGGUGGCUUUUGGGGGAGUUACGAAGCAAUCAGCCCUUCAAGCCAAGAAUUUAACGGGUCGCCUCUGAAUGUUUCGGGUAUGGAGACAUCAAUUGGAAGUGACACUGGCUGGUGGCAGGAGUUCAGCCGACUUUUCACACUUCCCGUACCAAGAACUUCUGUUGGAGGGAAUUGUUCUAUAUCCGAAAAAAGGGGCUCGAGGGUAUCUAGAGCCAAUUCCACAUGCUCAGCAGAGAACAGCUGUAUUCUAAUUCAGGAGUGUGGAGUCAAAUCAGAUCCCUGUUCAGCAGCAAAAGAUGACACAGAGUGUGCAAGUGUCAGCAUACGUGGAAUCAGGAAUUGCAGCUGGGUGCGCGUGCACCACAUAGGAGAUUACCCCCCUGUCGUGGAGAGUUUGUAUAAUCCUCGGGAGAGGUCAACCAAGACUGCACUUGAUCUUGCCAACGUUCAGAUGAGCGAUUCUGUGCAAAACUACAGGAAAACCAGUGGAGACACAAAUCCACGUCCGGGUGCAGGGCCAGGUCCAGGGCCAAUUGCAACUUUUGGGUGGAUUGAUCGCACGGGGCUUGGGCUGAAAAACUCACCGGAAACUUCUGGAGUCGUUGCAGAUGGUGCAGAUGAAGAUCAAGAGGAAGAAGGUGUAGACGAGGGAAGUGUUGAUGCAAGUGAACAAGACAAACAAGGUGCUUAUGGGACAGCUAAGGGUGGGCAUUCAGAAGGUGAAGAAUUAUCUAGUUCUGCAAUGGCAACUAAAGGUGGGCAUUCAGAAGGUGAAGGAUUAUCUGGCUCUGCAGCAGCAAGCAGCUUGGUAAAGAAAUCUUGGAGUAUUGGUGGACGGCCUGCCAGAGGGAACCAUGGACGACCUGUCGGAGGGAACCUUCUGUCAACAACUGCAAAGCUUGUGCCAUUGCUACCCCCGGAAAGUGAACCACCGUCUGGAGACAUCGAGGAAGUAACUCUUCGGUCUGGUGAGGUUCCUUCAGCCAGCCGAUCUGUCUUUGGCAGCAAUAAGGUUCGUAAGAGUGGGCUUGCUCCAGGACCGAGAUUCUAUUUUCCGGCGACGAAGCCACCUUCUGUGAGCGGACUGUUCAAGAGAAGAGAGAUGAGCUAUGUUUCUUCCUAUGCAUGUGUUGAUGAGUCCAAUACCACAAACCCAUGGGAUUUGUCUGUGAUGGCCUUUGAGAUAAGGCACCGAUCUGUCUGCCAACAGCUGGGUGCAAGCCAAUGUGAAAAGGACUUUGUCUGCAGGCUUUCUGAGCGCUGCCUUGUGGACAAUUGCCGAAAUGAAGGUAGAAAACGUAAAACUGUAGCGGAAAAAGUAAAACCUGCCACGGUCAGUCGGGAGAGGACCGGGAAGUCCUCAAUCUCCGAAGAGGAGAUAGCUGAGAUUAUCAGAAGGCGAAAAGAGGAGGAGGGGCAAAAAAUCACUGCCCGCAGGGUAGGAAAUAUGGAUAUAGGAGAUGAGAACCUUACGGAAGCUGAAAAAGAGUACGUAGUGACGGUCUUGAGAGGUUGUGACAAAGCCAUAGCCUUUGAUGAUUCGGAACGGGACAGGAUCGACCCAAGGUAUGCUAAGCCAGUGAGGAUCCAUACGAUUCCUCACGUACCAUGGAAGGAUAAACCCUCGUGGAAAUAUGCGCAAAAGGAAAAGGAGGAAAUAGUCACUUUCAUGAAAGAGAAAAUCAGGACGUUCAUGGCAGAGCCGUGUGAAAACGCCUAUGCGAAGAAGUGUUUUUUUAUCAGAAAAGGAGGUAGCGACAAGCUUAGGUGGAUCCAGGACCUUCGGAGGACGAAUGCCAUCACCAUCCGAGACGUUGGGUCUAUACUAGAGGCGGAGCUCUUGGCGGAAGGAGUGGCGGGACGAUCAAUCUAUUCCAUUUGUGACCAUUUCUCUGGGUACGAUGAGAUCUCCUUGGAUCAUCAUGAUCGACGCAUGACGGUGGCCGACGGGUUGUCCAGAAUUCCAAUCCGAGAAGAUGACUUCCCCAAGUUGGAGGCAGAAGCUCGUUCGUUGACCAAGGACAAAAUUAUGAGCGUUGUAGCCAAUGGGGUGGGACCGGAGUCCAUUCCUGGAGAAGGUACAAGCGGGGGCUCGGAGGAGUUCCUAGCCAACCUCUACGACGAAAAGUAUCGGGGAAUAGGAUUGUACCUAGCCAGUAGACAGGAGGGGACCGAGACCGUGAAGAAGGAAGCUCUCGGAUACUGUUUGAAAGGCGGACACCUUUUUAAAAGACCCACGGAGCUGGCAAUGCCCAUGCGGGUACUCUGUGAUCCGGAGGAGAAGAGAGCCGUCAUAGAAGAGUUGCACGACGGGGUCAUCGGCGGUCACCGCGGGAAACUGGAUGACUUCAUCAAGCUGGUGGAAGAUAGGUGGCAUGAUCCUCAGGAGGCUCAAAAGGCCACUGAUGCGAUCCUGACUCUGAACCAUAGACAGUUCAAGUCAGUAAGAGAGGCCACAGACGCAGUAGAGCGUCUAAUUUGUGAAGUCACCAUCAACAUGCACAACUUCCCCUCGUUCAGCAAGAAGGCCCUAGACCUGGAGGCAAAGAUAGGGCAUGGACAAACACCCACAACAGACGGUAGGAAGAAGUCACUGCCUCCCAAUUGGAAGGCGAAGGGACGCAUAAUGCUCGUCGACAACGAUGGUUCCACCAUCGAGUUGGAAGACGACUUCCAGGCGGGAGCGGGUUCAGAGGCGGGCAGCGUAGAAGUUUCAGGGGGUGGAACAGUCGCUGCCUCUGUCCAAAAAGGCAAGCUUGAUGAGCUUCGGCGGCAGCUCAAGGAACUUGUAGAGAAGGGUUGGAUCCGGCCGAGUGUCUCCCCUUAUGAAUCUCUUGUCUUAUUUGUACCGAAGAAGAGGGGAACUUUGAGGAUGUGCAUUGACUAUAGGGGCCUCAAUGCCAUCACUGUCAAGAACCGAGAGCCCCUACCGCGCAUCGAUGACUUGUUGGACCGAGUGCAAGGGUGUCAAUACUUCAGUAAGAUAGAUCUGAAGUCCGGGUACCAUCAAAUUGCAAUACGGCCUGAGGAUCAACACAAAACCGCAUUUCAGACCAGGUACAAUCUGUACGAGUUUAUGGUGAUGCCUUUUGACCUUUGCAAUGCUCCUGGCACCUUUCAGCACACGAUGAACCGGAUAUUUCAUGACUACUUGGACAAGUUUGUCAUCGUCUACCUCGAUGACAUACUUAUCUUUAGUAGGACUGUCGAGGAGCAUGUAGCGCACUUAGAUAAAGUCCUUAGCCUCCUCAGACAACGCCAGUUCAAGAUCAAUCGGGAGAAGUGUGAGUUUGGCCGCAGCCGGAUCUUGUAUCUGGGUCAUGAGAUUUUCGUGGAGGGUUUGAAGCCCGAUGACGCGAAGGUGGCCAACAUUCGUGAUUGUCCGCGUCCUCAGUCUGUGACUGAGAUGAGGUCCUUCUUAGGGAUGACAGACUACUACCGCAACUUUGUUCAGAAUUAUAGUAUAGUGGCCGGCCCUUUGACGGACCUGAUACGCCUUGACACCCCAUGGGAGUGGACAGACAGGAACUUUACACAAUGCUAUAGUGACAUUACCGAUGGUGGUGAUAGUUGCAUCUGGCGAGGUAGCUCACAAAGUGGCAUCUGCAUAACUGCGACUAGUCCUUGCUAUGCCGCAAACAAUUGCAGCUCUGCGUUUGAUCUACAGGGCUGGCCAUGUGUGCAGAAGUCCUUCUGCCGAGACUCCUGUAACGGAUGCGCAGAGUGCUUGAGCAGCACAAGUCUGUUCUGGGAGAGACAAAAUAUGUCAGCAGCUGCUGUCAGUCAGUUCUGCUCAGAUUCAGCACUAAUUCGUGAAAAUGAUCCCAAGUGCAAGAAGAUAAGGGAGCUACUUGUACAUUAUUCUGAGGAGAGGAAUGCGGAAGGAUUUUGUCAGGAGUUCGCUCUUUGCAGAGAUUUUGCAGAGAAAACAAAACAAAGAAACAAAGAUGGUGAGCGGAGUGGAGCAGGGCGCAAGCGCCGUACGGCGGCCAUGACCACCGAGUUUCGCGCUAUGUUGGACCGCUUCGUUUUGGUCUACUUAGACGACAUCCUCGUCUAUAGCCGAACUCUAGAGGAGCAUCUCGAGCACCUUCRCCGURUUCUAGAAACUCUUCGGUCAGCCCGGUACAAAGCUAACCGCGACAAAUGCGAGUUUGUCCGGCAAGAGCUUGAAUACUUGGGUCAUUUUGUCUCUCCGGAAGGCAUUCGUCCGUUGGCGGACAAGAUUCAAGUUAUCCAGGAGUGGCCCGAGCCGAAGAAUGUGACGGACGUCCGAUCCUUCCUCGGCUUGGCCGGUUAUUAUCAGCGCUUCAUCAAGGGUUACUCGAAGAUCGCGGCCAACCUAAGCAAGUUACAAAGCGAGGAGCGGCCUUUUGACUUCGACGACAACGCGCGUCAUUCUUUUGAGACACUCAAAGCGGCACUCUUGUCCGCCGAGGUGUUACAUAUUUACCUAGUCUUUUUGCGACUUGAUCCACCCGGGAGGUCUUGUGCCUCCAGCUUGAUUAAGUCCCGCAUGAGGGCUUAUCGAAAGCCUCUUUACGGAGAUCGCUUUCUCGAGGUUUCCUACAUUUACUCUGGUGGGAGAGGACGUAUUGAGAUAUUGAUUGGAGCUUCUGGCGAUAUCAUCCUUGCGGAGGAGCUUUAUCUCAGGAGCAUCGCAGACGAGAAGAUGGCCAGAUGCAUGACCUAUAUCUGCAAGAUUGAUCCAGCAGCGCCUCUCGAGAUCAGCUAUGUGGUUCCAGAGUUUAUAGCCACACGAGUUCUCAAUGACGAGGAGUCCCAGACGGCAGCACUCACUCACGAGGGGGUACCGCUUAUUAUCAUUGAUUGAGUUUGGAUACUGAGUAAUUCAGAGGGUUGUAGGGUUUAGGGCUUUUGAACAGUUGGCCAAGAACAACUGUUGCUGUCGCCUCCAGCAUGACAGAAUAGACAGGACACAGCAUGCAGUCCAUGCAGAAACCCAAGUCUUGGGGUCCUGCCUCUUCCUCAUAAUCUUAUGCGUCCUGUUUGAGCCACCUCAUGAAUCGUGUUACUCUGCAGUUUGCAUUCUGAGUAAUUCAGAGGGUUGUGGGGUUUAGGGCUUUAGAACAGUUGGCCAAGAACAACAGCGGAGUAGUAAGUCUGGAAGUUUCAAAGUGGUGUUAACAGGCUAACUUAGGCAGGGGUGAGGGGAGGCACAUCGUUACAGAAGGAAGUAAUCAAUGCCGCCCGCUCAG